AUGGCUCCCUCCUCUAGCAUCGUAGCUUAUUUCGGGUUGGGACUAUCUGUGGGCCUCAUUAUUGCGUUAACCUUUACUACUUACUCGUCUUUGAAGUUAACAAUGCCCAAGCUUGUCUAUCACGCCUCCUAUGACCCUGAACUCAGUUUAGACGUGGACAAAACUCGAAUUCUUAACACAGAUGACCAUAUUUCGUUACCAAAUCAAAGAACAAACGAUCGUAAAAAUUCUAAUCAAACGCAACAAACUGUUUAUUGGCACGAAGGUCUCGACAAACAGAAGGGACCGGAGGAAGAAUUCCACUUCAAAGAUGGACAUGCGCACCAUGAUGAUUCCACAGUUGCCGAGGAAUUGUACCGCAAAAUUCGCGUCCUUUGCUGGGUAAUGACGUCACCAGAAAAUCUUGAAAAGAAGGCGAUUCACGUGCGAGCCACGUGGGGUAAACGUUGUAACAAACUUUUGUUUAUGAGCUCCGUAACAAAUAGUUCCUUUCCGACAAUAGGACUGAAUAUAUCCGAAGGGCGGGAGCAUCUCACAGCCAAAACAAUGCGCGCGUAUGAUCACGUCGCCGAUAACUACAUGGACGAAGCUGAUUGGUUCAUGAAGGCAGACGACGACACUUACGUCAUCUUAGAGAACCUGCGUUAUUUCUUGUCGGAUGUUGACCCUAACGAACCGGUGUUCUACGGUCACCUGUUUAAAACUAUCGUCAGUCAGGGGUACUUCAGUGGCGGAGGGGGCUAUGUCCUGAGUAAAGAGGCACUAAAACGAUUUCGAGGACGUCAACAAAAGCAGUGCAGGGAAGACGGUGGAUCGGAAGACGUGGCAAUUGGCAAAUGUAUGGAAACGCUUGGCGUAAAAACAGGAACGUCUCUCGAUGCUUUUGGACGGAGUCGCUUUCACUGUUUUAGCCCAGAUGUGCACUUGAGCGGGGGCUUUCCUGACUGGUACUAUUCUUUUGAUGCUUACGGGGCCAAAUCGGGCCUUGGCAGCGUAAGUGAUUAUGCCAUCACAUUCCACUAUAUAUCUCCGGAGAAGAUGUAUCACUUGGAGUUUUACGUGUAUCAUCUACGUCCUUACGGUUUGAUUUCUAAAACGCAGAGCCUUAAUGUGCCGUCAAACAGGACGUCCUAG